AUGGGCUGGCGGCCAGCAGGCGGCGGCGAUACCUUCACAUUAGAUAGCAGCAAUAUUGGCGCUGCACAAUGGAGCCGGGCCGCCAAAGCAUACGAGCUGAAGAUUCUCUCGAGGACGUCCGGUGUUAUUCAACUUGAUGGAUUCGAACAAGAGGAUUUUGAACGACUGAGCAAGGCUUUCAAAGUUUGGUACGGUGUCGCAGUCGAACAGCGCGAGCACGCUCUUCGGGGCUGGAACUGGGGCAAGGCUGAAUUCACCAAGGCAGAGCUUGCAUUUAAUGUCCAGAAUCGUCCCGCCUUCGAGAUUCCAUACUCGGAGAUUUCAAACACAAACUUGGCUGGCAAAAACGAAGUCGCUGUGGAAUUCGCUCUGCCGACCGAUGAGAAGACAAACGGCCACAUCGAAGGAAGCACAAAGAACCGUGGUCGGAAGGCCGCUGCUGGAACCGACGAGCUAGUGGAAAUGAGAUUUUACAUCCCCGGAACCAUAUUAAAGAAGGAAAAAACCGAAGGGGACGACGUCAAGAAGGAGGGUAGUGGCGGAGAAGAAGAACCAGAGCAGGAAGAGGAGGGAGCCGAAGAACAGAAUGCUGCGAACCUCUUUUACGAAACUUUGAUGGACAAGGCUGAGAUUGGCGAUGUUGCAGGAGACACAUUCGCAACAUUCCUAGACGUCCUACAUCUUACUCCCAGAGGUCGUUUCGAUAUUGACAUGUACGAAUCAUCGUUCCGGUUACGUGGCAAGACAUACGACUACAAGAUCCAGUACUCGUCGAUAAAAAAAUUCUUCUUGUUGCCCAAGAACGAUGAGACACACACUCUCAUCGUCUUUGGCCUGGACCCACCACUUCGACAGGGCCAAACUCGGUAUCCAUUCCUCGUCAUGCAAUUAAAAUUGGACGAAGAAGUGAGCAUAGAACUUAACAUGACAGAGGAGCUGUUGAAAGAUCGCUACAAAGACAAGUUGGAACCUCGAUACGAGGAACCCAUUCACCAAGUCAUCACCAAGAUUUUCCGCGGCCUUGCGGGCAAGAAAGUCAUCAUGCCGUCAAAGGACUUCAUCAGUCACCAUGGUCACAGUGGAGUCAAAUGCUCUAUCAAAGCCAAUGAGGGUCUCUUGUACUUUUUGGACAAGAGUUUGAUGUUUGUUCCGAAACCGGCCACGUAUAUUCAGAUUGAAAACGUCUCGGUUGUCACCAUGUCGCGUGUUGGUGGUGCUAUUUCGGCUAGUCGCACUUUCGAUAUAACUAUCAGCUUGAAGGGUGGGCUUGGCGAGCACCAAUUCAGCAAUAUCAACCGCGAGGAACAACAACCUCUUGAGGAAUUUUUCAAGGCCAAGAACAUCCGUCUCAAAAAUGAAAUGGUCGACGAAUCUUCGGCCCUCAUCGCUGCAGCGCUCGACAACGACGACCUUUCUAGCGAAGAUGACGCCCGCCCGGACCGCGGCUCAGCCGAUGAAGACGAAGAAUCUGUAGAUGAAGAUUUCCGCGCAGAUUCUGACUCUGACGUUGCCGAAGAAUAUGACUCUGCGCACGAGAGCAGUGGCAGCGAAAGCGGCAGCGAUGCCGAAAUGGCCGAUGCCGAUGGUGACGAUGCAGCAGAAGGCGACGAUGGAGAGGAAGAAGAUCGACCCAAGAAAAAAUCCAAAGUUGGAAAAUAG